AGAUGAUUCUCCGACAUAUCCACCUCCCCGCCUGCACAUCCUACUCUCACGCCGCCGCCCUGCAACACCGCCUCGUCACCUCCCUCCUCGCCCACAAAGCAUCGCCUCACACGCUGCCCGCACCACCUCCGCCAACCAUCAUCACCGCCCAGUUCCACCCCGUCUACACGUGCGGCCGUCGCGAGAUUGGCACCGUUUCUCCUGCCCAGAGGGAGUACUUGACGGAGCAGACUCCUCUUGGCAGAGCAGACUUCGUUGAAGCCCUCCGCGGUGGGCAAACCACCUUCCAUGGCCCGGGUCAACUCAUCGCAUAUCCCAUCAUCGACCUGAAGCGACACCACAUUACUCCUCGCUGCUACGUUCGGCUCCUCGAGAACUCCGUCAUGGAUGUCUGCCGGUCAUUCGGCGUGGAAACCUGCACGACGGAGCAUCCGGGAGUGUGGGUGGACGAUAUGCAUAAGAUUUGUGCAGUGGGUGUGCAUUUGCGGCGGAAUGUGACCAGUCAUGGAGUGGGUUUGAACGUCGACACAGACAUGGGAUGGUUCGAGAGGAUUGUGGGAUGCGGAUUGGAGGGGAAGAGGACGACUUCUCUGCUUUUGCAGGGCGUAAAUGUGGCAGGCGGCGUGGAAGAGGUGGGAGCUGGGUUCGUGAGGAUGUUUGCAAAGAGAAUGGGCGGAGUGAAGGACAUUGUCCGAGUGGGAGAGGGCAAUGAUGUCGAUGGAGCGAGUUGAUACUGAUAUGAAGCGAAGCGAAUGCGGUUUCUGGACAGUGACUACUCCAAGGGCCGACAGAGUACCGGCCCACCACGACCAAGACGGAAUGGUAGAUGUGAUCUCGCGCCCUGAUUGACUAAACGCAGCAAUUUCCAUGUACACGGCUAUUUCUCUAAAGCUACCUGCCAGUCAAGUUGCACACUCCAUUCCCGCCAACUGCACGCAUGCCCUGGACAUUGAGGACCAUCUUCAGUGGCGCGAUGGCGCGAGUGGUACAUAAUCAAUCCAUCAUCAAAUCAAGGGUCCAUCCAACUCUGUCGAGUCUGCCUUGUCCUCGUGGAUCCACUUCCAGUAUCUGGCGAGCUUUGCCAACUCCAGAUCGGCCUUGGCCCCUUCUUCAGCGCGGCAGUCAAUCAGCGCAUAGUACAAGACGAAGUCUAUCAUCCCGACAAUGACGUAGUAAUACGUCUCCCUGUUUUCGAACGAUGACAUGAUUUCGUCGGCUUCCAGCCACAACAUGCCCCAAAGUACUGCACCUGACAUGGUUUGUCCGUGCAGCCUGCACAGGGCUUGAAAGACCUUGGACGUGAUCGCGGCCCAUUGUGUGCGAGUGGUAUCGGGGAAGUCCCAGUCGAUGUCUGUGAAAAUGGCGAAAGCGAAAACGAAGGCGGCCAUUCCCAUGUUUUCUGCUCCGAUGGUGAGGAGGCCGUCCAGAUUCUGUCUACAUUUCUCGACAGAGUGUGCCCAGGAGCGUUGGAACAGCUCGUAUGUCGUGGUGGCGUGGUGGACCAGUACCGGGCAAAUGGUGUUUGGCGUUUUGCCUGCGAGCAUGUCUCUCUUGAGUACGGCGAUCAACGCCUUGUCCUUCUUCUCCACCUUGCAAUAGAGGACUUGGCGACACAGUGGACAGCUCGUCGAGUCUUGGAACCACGUGCUCACGCACCCUCUGCAGAACGAGUGUCUGCCGUCGCAGUUGAGAGUGAGGACGUCGGUGUCCUCGGUAUUCAUGCAGAUGCUGCAGCCAUCAGUGAGUGCCAAUAGCGCACUGGGUGUGGCAGGCUGCAGCAUCUGCAUGAAAUCUUUCUUGAGAGGGAGCAACAUCUUGUUUGGUGUGGGAGAGUGAGCUUGAGUCUCGAUGUUGGGAGAGUGAGCUUGAAUCUCGAUGUUGGGAGAGUGAGCUUGAAUCUCGAUGUUGGCAGAGCGAGCUUGAAUCUCGAUGUUGGGAGAGCGAGCUUGAGUCUCGAUAUUGG